AUGUCUCGCCACGCCAUCCGCGGUGGCUGCCGAUGCGGUCGCAACCACUACAUUGUGCAGCCACCACCGGAUGCCACCGAAGCUGCUCGCGUCCUCUUCGCACCGGAAGAGGCCCACCGCUCCUCGCUUGCCUCGCCCUUGCCGGCCUUUCUGCGCGUGCCGCUGUCGUGGUACCACAGCUCGACGACGUCCUUUUACGACGACGAGACGCCGGCUAUGAUCCACCGCGUCUACGAGCAGGCCAGUCCGGGGACGGUCUUCAGCCAGCGCCGCUUCUGCGGCUUCUGCGGCACGCCGCUGUCCUUCUGGUCCGAAGCACCCCGGCUCGAGGCCGACUACAUCCGGCUGGCGCUGGGCAGCCUGUACGCGCAAGACCUGAACCAGCUGGACGACUGGGGGGCUGUCAUCGAGGGGGGCGAAGAGAGCGACGAGCAGGACGAGCAGGACGGGCAGGACCAGAGCCCGUCUACUUCUACAUCAUCCUCCACCGGCCUUCCCUGGCUCGAUCGGUUCGUCGAGGGCAGCCGGCUGGACCGACAGCUGCUGCUCCAGCAGAAGUCACAGCGAAUCAGUGCCGCGCGAAUCCACCGCCACGACGUCGGCUCGGCCACGCGGCCCGACGGAUCCGUGGUCGAGUGGGAGGUGGUUGAGUGGACCGAGGGCGACGAGGACAACAGCGAUGUGGCCGACGACAAGACCGUCCAGGGCCAUGCAAGCCCAGCAAAACGGCAGAAGCAAGACGACGGCACCGUACCAGUCUGA